CUCUCAAACACCUGCACAUACAUCACUCUGCUCUGCCUCCUCUCUGUCUCUGUAAAUUUACAAGAAAACUGUAGAAAUGGAAGGUGGACUCCGGUUGGUCAUUUCAAUGAGCAUGGUUGUAGGGGCGAUGAUCAGUCCUGUUUGGAGCCAACAAAUAAGCUCGGCUUGCACAAGCUCCAUGAUCACUAGCUUCACUCCUUGCUUAAAUUAUUUGACAGGAAGCACCAACAAUGGCUCCUCUCCAACUCAGGAGUGUUGCAGGUCGCUCAAGAACCUCAUGAGCAACAGUGUCGACUGUGUCUGUCUCUUGGUCACAGCAAAUGUGCCUUUCACUAUACCCUUCAACCGCACACUCGCCAUCUCUCUACCUAAAGCCUGCAACAUGGCCGGUCCACCUGUAGAAUGCAAGGCCUCUGCUACUCCUCUCCCAGCUCCAGGUCCUUUCUCAUUCGGGCCUGCAGGACCUGCACCCGAAUCAGAUUCUUCAGCUCCACAAACACCAUCAGUGGUGCAGCCCCAAGAUUUGGCACCCCCUCCAUCUACCGAGGUUUUCUCGCCGCCGCCAUCGGCAACGCUUGAUCCACCUCCAUUGCCACCGGUCUCAACUCCAAGCCUCGGGAGCCUCAUUCCAAGUCUCAAUACAAAUUCAGCCAAAAAACUUCCCCAAAUUUCACCAAUUUUCAUCCUAACCCUGGCUCUAGGAACCUUCUUCUACUGGAUCCCAGAGUUUGCCUCCCUUAAGAACGCCUUCGGUCAGUCUUGCCUCUUUUUUCCUCACUCUACGCUUUUUAAGAAGGAUAAAUUAUUACUUCACACGCUUCACUAUACUCAAGUUACAUAUAAACUUGGAGUAGCAAACAACUUGACUCGAGGAAUAAAUCCAUGGCUUGCUCUGAUAAAGCAAGGAAGACAGAGAGAGACUCCGCACUCAGAAAGCACGAAUGAGACGGACCAUCUCCAUGCCUCUUCUCCCAGUCCCUCAGAGAGCGAUUUCAGACCAAGUUCAAAACCCUACUCGCCACCUCCGGAGUUUGGACCUCAGCUCACAAGAAGCCAGAGUUGCCUCUUUUCACCUAGCGCCAUAUUCCUCUUGUUACCGGCACUGUUCUUUUGACACUCUCUCUCUCUCUCUCGUUUGUUUCCAACUAACCUUUCUCCUGUUACAAUUGAUACAAUCAUAACACUGAUCAUGAAUCUCUCUCUCGCUUUGCUUAA